AUGGUGUCGCAAACGCUUUUAGAGACACCGCAGCAUCCCGUGCGCAGCGACCGCGGUUCGGAGAGUGAUAGCUCGCUCGACGAGAUUGCGCAAGAGAAGCACAAUGCGUUGGUGACUUCACUCGGCCCCAACGCCAAGGGUCUCGACAAUUCGGCAUCUCCGAAGCGGUGGAAGAGUUUCUGGACGGCAUUCCGACACCUGUCACACUUGACCCCGAAAGAAGUCGACGAUUUCAUGGCGUCAUACGUCAUCUACAACCUUGACUGGUCCGAUGAGAAGCAAAUGACCGAGUCUCUGGGCCCCGAUUACCAAAAAAGCGUGUUGGACAACCAGCUCCUGUACGAGCGCUCCAUUGCGCAGGACGUUGGUAUGGGGAAGGGAAUGAAGGUGUUGGAUCUGGGCUGUGGACGUGGUCGCGUCGCUGCCCACAUGGCGCAACACACCGGCGCUCAAGUGACCGGUCUCAACAUCGACCCAAACCAGGUCGAGCAGGCAACUGCCUUCAACGCCGAGCGUGGACUCCACAACAAUUUCGUCACACAGGAUUUCAACGACCUCCCGCUGCCCUUCGCCGAUGAGACCUUCGACGCCUUCUAUCAGAUCCAAGCACUGAGCUUGUGCAAGGACCUGCCCAAGCUGUUCCGCGAGAUCUUCCGUGUCGUCAAGCCAGGCUCCAAGAUCUCCCUGCUCGACUGGAUUAGUCUUCCCGCCUACGACCCCAGCAACCCCGAGCACGCCGAGCUCAUGCGCCGCGUCAAGCCGCUCAUCGGCGCCGUCGGUACACCCACACAGGAGAGCCUCGAGUCAGCGCUGAAGGAUGCUGGAUUUGAGAUUGUCCGGUCGCAAAACGCUAGUAUCGAUGGUCUCCAGGCCCCACUGAUCGAUACCGUCGAUAUUUACUUCCGCACCCUGCGCCAGGCCAUCCUUGCCCUCGUCAAGGUGCACGUGCUACCACGCCACUUCAAGACCCUGAUCAACCGUCUCUGUUUGGAUGGUCAAGCCUUCGUCAAGAUGGAUAACAUGCGUCUGGCCACGACGAGUUACAGCAUCAUUGCACAGAAGCCCAAGGCUUGA